AUGCGAGGACAAGGAUACGAUAAUGGCGCGAACAUGAAGGGAAAACGAUCCGGUGUUCAAAGUAGAAUUCUAAAAAUUAAUCCGCGUGCGACUUUUGUCCCCUGUUCUUGCCACUCCUUGAAUCUUGUCGUCAAUGAUGCUGCAUCCGCUUCCGGAGAGACUGUUGGUUUUUUCGAUAUAGUUCAGCAGCUUUAUGUUUUUUUCUCUGGUUCUACAAGUAGGUGGGACGUACUGAAGAGACAUAUUUCAGCAUUAACUGUAAAGGCAGUUAGCGCUACCCGAUGGGAAAGUCGCAUCGAUGCCAUCAAACCUUUGCGCUACCAGCUAGGCGAAGUUUACGAUGCCCUAGUCGACAUUUCAUUAGAUGAAAAUAGAGAUAAAUUGACACAGCACGAAGCCAAAUGUUUGGCCACCCGAAUCGUCGAUUUCCAAUUCAUAUGCAGCAUAAUUAUUUGGUAUGACAUUUUGUCAAAAGUUAAUGUCAUCUCAAAAAUGCUGCAAAGUCCAAAACUACAUCUGAUUGAUUGUAAUCUUCUUCUUUCUGAGAUUUUGGAUUUCUUCCAGCAAUCCGACGGAAAUUUCUUAAAUGUCAUCGAGCAAGCCAGAAGUGUGGCUAUUAAAGUAGAUGUGGAGCCAUGUUUCCGACCCGCAACUGUAGUUCGUAUGCGGCGAAAGAAAAAAAAUUUUGAUUAUGAGGCAUAUGAUGAGCCACUAAUCGAGCCACAACAGAAAUUCAAGACAGAGUUUUUCAAUUUCCUCAUUGACACGGCAACAUGUUCAAUUCGAGAGCGCUUCCAAUUGUUAAGAUCCCACAACGAAAAUUUCAAAUUUCUGUAUAACAUUCGAGAAUUGAAGAACAGCAACGGCUCAGGAACGUUGCAGCAAUGUAAGAAUCUGCAGCUCUUCCUUACUGAUGGUAACAGUACGGAUAUCGAUGCUCUAGAGCUUUGGGAUGAGCUAAAGAAUUUGUCAACACUUUUGCCCUCGGAACUUACCCCUUUACAAGUCCUCAACUAUCUGAAGGAAAAUGAUGUGACGACGAUUUUUCCAAAUCUGGUUAUUGCUUUGAGAAUUCUGUUGACUCUACCAGUUUCUGUAGCUUCCGGAGAACGCAGCUUCAGUAAACUGAAGAUGAUCAAAAAUUAUUUGCGAUCAACCAUGUCCCAAGAACGCUUAGUGGGUUUGGCAACGAUUUCGAUUGAAUCGGAAAUAUGUGAGUCGCUGAAUUACAAUGACCUUAUAUCGGAAUUUGCUCAAAUUAAAGCACGGAAAGUUCGAUUCGAGUAG